UGCAUCCACCGCACUCCACUCUCACCCGCCCGUCUCCGUCUCCAACUCCCACUCCAUAUAUACACUCCACCUCCCGCUCGUUAGUUGCUUACCUCCUCACCUCGCCCAACCCCAUCGGGCUCUCGGUGUCUCCUACUCCCCACCUCGCCCGCCUCGACUGCAAGAAACCGAUGGCCCUCGUCCGCCAGCGCCGCCAGCUGUCGCAUCUCACCCUCCCGCUCGACCACUUCGCCCUGUGCCUGCCGCCGCAGCCGCAGCCGCAGCCCGCCGCCGUGCCGUCCACCUCCGAUUCCCGCCUCUCCGACUACGAGAGGGUCUCCGUUCUUGGACACGGCAACGGCGGAACAGUAUACAAGGCGCGCCUCCGCCGGUCGGGGCAGCCGCUCGCGCUCAAGCUCUUCGCGGCCGGGGACCCUUCCGCGGCGCGGGAGACCGAGAUACUCAUGCUCGCUGCAGACGCGCCGCACGUCGUGCGCCUCCACGCCGUGGUCCCGUCCGCGUCGGCCGCCGCUGGGGAGGGGCCCGCGGCGCUAGCGCUGGAGCUCAUGGCCGGGGGCUCCCUCGCAGGCUUGCUCCGUCGGCUGGGCCGCCCGAUGGGGGAGCGCCCCAUUGCCGCCGUGGCGCGGCAGGCGCUCCUCGGUCUCUCGGCGCUCCACGCGCUGCGCAUCGUGCACCGCGACCUGAAGCCGUCGAACCUGCUCCUAGGCACCGCCGGCGAGGUCAAGAUCGCUGACUUCGGAGCGGGCAAGGUGCUGCGGCGGCGGCUUGACCCCUGCGCGUCCUACGUCGGCACGGCGGCGUACAUGUCCCCGGAGCGGUUCGACCCGGAGGCGUACUCCGGCGACUACGACCCCUACGCCGCCGACGUGUGGAGCCUCGGGGUGGCCAUCCUGGAGCUGUACCUGGGCCACUUCCCGCUCCUGCCCGAGGGGCAGCGCCCGGACUGGGCCGCGCUCAUGUGCGCCAUCUGCUUCGGCGAGGCGCCGGAGCCGCCGGCCGCGGCGUCGGAGGAGUUCCGGGACUUCGUGGCUCGGUGCCUCGAGAAGAAGGCCGGGCGGCGCGCUUCCGUGGCCGAGCUGCUGGAGCACCCGUUCGUCGCCGAGCGGGACGCGGCCGGCGCGCAGCAAGCACUCGCCGCGCUCGUCGCGGAGGCGGAGCUGGACGACCUGUAGCCAAACUGCCCGCCGGUCAUUAAUUAACUAGGGAGAUUUAGGAGAGCCAGAACGAGCUGAUGUGUACAUAAGUCACACCACGUGGACGAAUAACCUGUCAUACGUGGUGUUUUUCCUUUGACCUUUUGGUCAUGCGAGUGUUCCUUCGUUUUUUAGCUCAUUUCGCAAAUUGCAAGAGGCAAAUUUUGUGAAAUUCA